AUGACAGGUCAGCAGACAUCCAGCUCUCGCUGGUUCAUCCAAGCAACAUUGGUACUUGUCCUUGCUGUGGUUUAUAGAAUAUACUUGCAUGACACCAUUGGUCUCAUGGUCGGCAUUGGCCGCGUGGUUCAGCCCAUUGAAGACUUUCCAUGGGACUGCAUGCGGCUCCGACAUCCUUUACUAGAAGGCUGCGAAGACAUCUGGCUCGACCACCAGGACCGAAAGUUGUACGCGGCCUGCACAAGCCUCCCAUCCCGCCAGGGGUGGCUGCCAGGCGGAAGCCACUUGAACGUUUCCGCGCGAUCCCGCACGGAUCAUAUCUCCGUGCUGAACAUCGAUCAUCCCGGCCCGGAUGGGCUCUAUGGGCUUCACACCCUGUCCGUUGGAGAUGAGUACACAGACGACCUGGAUUUGGUUGGAUUUGAUGUCCGCAAGGUUGCAGGCGGACUGCGAUUUUGGUUGAUCAAUCACCGACCACCCGUCAACCCCACGACCGGAGAGUUCCUGGACGCGUGGGCCGUGGGCUCCAAUGCGACCAUCGAGGUCUUUGACCUUACCCGCGGAUCCAGCACUCUGAAGUACGUCAAAACUAUCGUCAGCGAGGCGCUGGUGGCACCCAACAAUCUGGCCGUCGACGACGAUGGGGUGGGGUUCAUGGUUACCAAUGAACAUGGCAGCAAAGUUGGCGCUUUGCGAGAAAUCAAUGCGGUCUUGGGAGACGGCAUCGUCUCUUACUGUCGAACAGAUACGGGAAAGUGCCAGAUCGCGACCAACCGGCGAUUCGCCUACCCUAAUGGCAUCGUUAAGGCCCGCAAUGGACUAUUCUAUAUCGCUCAAUCCAGCAAGGGUAUUGUGAGCGGACAUCGACUGGAAGAGGGCCGACUAGUCCAAAUCGAUGAAAUCCCCCUCGGCAUGCCCAUCGACAAUCUUUCGUUCGACGCCCAGGGAAAUCUCAUUGUUGCGGGAUUGCCCGACAUCAUGCGAUUCCGGAAAAGCGCCAAGGAUCCCUAUACGUUGUCUGGACCGGGUGCGGUUCUCAUGGUCCAUCAACUCAACACCCACCCACCGGAACAGCGAGAAGGGUACAAGGUCUCCAAAAUGGUGGAGGAUCGAGAGGGCAAGCGGUUGCCCGGCACCACCGUUGCUACGCAUGAUGUGGAGUCCCAUCGCUUAUUUCUUGGGGGAGUGUUUUCACCAUUUCUCGGGAUUUGUGCAAGCCGUGUCUAA